CCAUUGCCCUACAGACUAGCAAUUUGAGGGUUAAUUAUUACCUUGCAAUGCCACAGUUAUGUCUAUGUUCAUGUCUUUGAAAGUAAGAUAAAUGUGGAUAAGGUUCCCUUUUAAGUUCUUAAAAGUUGACUGUGUCAGUGUCCUUUAGGAAAUUCCUUUCUUUACGGCAGGCUGGUUCCACGUAAUUUAAAACUAGAUAAUAUGACUGUGAGAAAUGUUUUCACUUAACAGACACUUAAGAUACAGACGCUGACAAGUCAGGAGUCAUGCCACCUCUUAGCUGUUUUAAUUCCAAUUUGAAUAUCAAGCAGAUGCUUGCCGAGCGGGUAGGCCAGGCCUAGAACUGCCACCAGCCAGGACAGUGAUGCCCUGGAGGAGAUGGUUCAGGUUGAGUGGUUCACUGGUCACUGAGGGAGCAGGUGGGGAGCUUGACAAACUUCUACACAACUUGAAAGUGACAGCAAGUUAACUGACCACAGAAAGCAACGUUUUCCCUCUUCUCACACCUUGGAUGUGUGAGAUCGGAGCUAGGCAGUGGGACCAGCUCCUCCCGAUGGAGAUGGUGGACACAGAGAGCCCCAUCGGUCCCCUCUCCCCACUGGAGGCUGAUGAUCUGGAAAGCCCGCUCUCGGCAGACUUCCUACAAGAGAUGGGAACCAUUCAAGAGAUUUCUCAGUCUAUCGGGGAGGACAGUUCCGGAAGCUUCAGUUUUACAGAAUACCAGUACUUAGGAAGUGGUCCAGGAUCAGAUGGCUCUGUUAUUACAGACACCCUGUCCCCAGCCUCGAGCCCCUCGUCCGUCUCCUACCCCACGGUCCCUGGCAGCACUGAGGAGUCAACCAGUAUCGCCCUGAACAUCGAGUGUAGGAUCUGUGGGGACAAAGCCUCUGGCUACCACUACGGCGUCCACGCAUGUGAGGGCUGCAAGGGUUUCUUUAGGCGAACGAUUCGGCUGAAGCUGGUGUAUGACAAAUGUGACCGUAGUUGCAAGAUUCAGAAGAAGAAUCGGAAUAAGUGCCAAUACUGUCGUUUCCACAAGUGCCUUUCGGUUGGGAUGUCCCAUAAUGCGAUUCGUUUUGGACGAAUGCCAAGAUCUGAAAAAGCAAAAUUGAAAGCAGAAAUCCUCACGUGUGAACAUGACCUAGAAGAUUCCGAAACCGCAGAUCUCAAGUCUCUGGCCAAGAGGAUUUAUGAGGCCUACUUGAAGAACUUCAACAUGAACAAGGUCAAGGCCCGGGUCAUCCUUGCCGGGAAGACCAACAACAAUCCGCCUUUCGUCAUCCACGACAUGGAGACGCUGUGCAUGGCCGAGAAGACCCUGGUGGCCAAGCUGGUGGCCAACGGCAUCCAGAACAAGGAGGCCGAGGUGCGCAUCUUCCACUGCUGCCAAUGCACGUCCGUGGAGACCGUCACGGAGCUCACGGAGUUCGCCAAGUCCAUCCCGGGCUUUGCGAGCUUGGACUUGAACGACCAGGUCACUCUGCUGAAGUAUGGUGUUUACGAAGCCAUAUUUGCGAUGCUGUCUUCUGUGAUGAAUAAAGACGGGAUGUUGGUAGCCUAUGGGAAUGGCUUCAUAACCCGUGAAUUCCUUAAAAGCCUAAGAAAACCCUUCUGUGACAUCAUGGAGCCCAAGUUCGACUUUGCGAUGAAGUUCAACGCACUGGAGCUGGACGACAGUGAUAUCUCCCUCUUUGUGGCUGCUAUCAUCUGCUGUGGAGAUCGGCCCGGCCUCCUAAACGUAGGACACAUUGAAAAAAUGCAGGAGGGCAUUGUGCACGUGCUCAAACUCCACCUACAGAACAACCAUCCUGACGACGUCUUCCUCUUCCCAAAACUCCUGCAAAAGAUGGCAGACCUGCGGCAGCUGGUCACGGAGCACGCGCAGCUGGUGCAGGUGAUCAAGAAGACGGAGUCGGACGCCGCCCUGCACCCGCUGCUGCAGGAGAUCUACAGGGACAUGUACUGAUGCCCUGGCCGCGCACGCGGAAGGGGCUUCUGGUGGGUUUUCAGAGGGGACAGCACUACAGUGGAGCGAUGGGAGCAAGGCAGCUUUGCACAGAUGUCCACCAUGGAAGCCUUGGAACCACGGGAAGUAUGCUCGCUAGGUAACCGGCACGCUAUUCCACGUUUCUUUUUUGUAACCACUUCUUCUGAGAGCAGUGCAGAGUCUUGAGAUGCUGGUGAGAAGCAGCUACUAGUCAGGACUUGGGAAAUGAUGGGGAAUGGUGUUCAGCGGUCUGAUUUUUAAUGUGCCUGAUGUGAAUCAAUGCAGAUUUCUUUAUAUCGUGUUAGGAAUUUAUCAGUGCAUUAACCUCAAAAUACGUGGUCUGUCUUCCCUUUUUACCGCUUUUUGACUGUUGUGCUCUUUUAUAAUUUUGAAAACUAAUCAGCACUUUUAAACUUUUAUAAUCCUGUAAACAUAGAUGUCUCCAAAGGUUAAGUAUUUUAAAAGCAGUGAAAUAUUUAUUUGGAAGACUUCGGUUCUGUUUCCUGAAUUCGAAGAAAGACAACGUGCUAUUUUUGAAUCACAGGAUUUAGAAUGUCAAAGAAUGAUUUCAAUAAGCUUAUCAAAAUGCAUCGGUUGUUUCGUUUAAGUUUGCUGUUUUUGUGGUUGUAAGUAGUAUGUGGAAAAGCCUGUUCCCAGGCGUGUGUAGAAGAUUCCAGAAAGCCAUGUCUCAAGGCCCCUCUGGACUCGAUCCCCUCCCUGUUUUAAGCUAGCACCUGUGGUCAACAGGAACAAGAGGGACUCUGAAGUGUAGUCCGCUUCCCAUUCCUCUCGGCUCGAUUCCCUAUCAAGUCUGAAUACACUGAGCCGAGCUGUUUGGGGGCCAGGGUCGUGUCUCCAGGGGCAAACUGACAAGUUAUUUGUGAAUCUUGCUCCAGGCCCCCUCUGUCAAGGCAGCUCCUUGGUCUUUUUCUAUGUUGCUUUUCUAAUAUGCAGCUUUCUUUCUUUUUAACCCCUGUUGGUGGUAGCUGCUCCCUGGGGUGGAGAGGACAAGGCACCUGUAACUUUAUAGCGUGGGGGUGGGGACAGGGGUCUUAUCUGGAGAAUGGGCCUGGUUGGGGGGCAGGGUUGGGGGGUGGAAAUGAAAUGGUUUUAUUUGGUCUCAGGAUUCACAGCAGGCCGGUGGUUUUUGCAAGGAUUUCAAGAGUUGUCUCCUUUUCCAGCUACAUAUAUAAGGUGGUUUUACCAAAAUCUAAAAUGUCUGAUUCAGCCUUAAAGGUCAAGUUUUCAACCUCAGUCCAGUUUGGAGGCAGUGUGGAUUAUGGUUUUUGUCUAGAGCACAUGGUCCUGUCCACCACCUGGAUUAACUGUCCCGUCAGAGAGCUGCCAGAGUACCUCCCCACCCCAUAGCCGGUUCAGCCCCUGGAUGCCUCCUGGGCCAGCAGCAUUUUUGACCCUUGAUGUCCCUCCCCCUCUGUCUGUAGGACAUUUGGUUCUAGAAUGUCAUUGUUAUCUGCUGUUAAAGAAUGGCUAGGAUUGAAUUUGAAAAAGUCCCCAAGAUCAGCAUUAUCAUACAAAAAACUAAGACUUCAGCUUAAAAAAGAGCAAGCCUUACAAUUAGGACAUCUUUGUACAUGUUAUACAUUCGGUGAUGGUUUUAUCUUUUAUUUUUUUUAAGAUGCAAUCAAAGGACCUGCUGGAAACAAAUGAAAGCAUUUCCUCUUUAGAACUGAUGCCAGUCAGGGGUCACCCUAAGUCAGAAAGGAGGUGAGCUUUGAGUCACAGGUGCACCUGUGUCCCCGUUCUUCCCUGAGAUGGGAACUCCCUGGGCUGACUCCCACAGCCUGGAGGCCUGUGGCUCGUGUGAGUCUUGGGGUUGCGGGCUGGAUCCUGUGUGUGUACCGCCUCUUGCUCUGGUGUUUCGGGACAGGUCUAUGCACAGAGACACAGCUUUGGAAAGUGAGGCUCAAGCCUCAGGCUUUCAGAAGACUUGUUGGUUCUGUUUAGCUUUUCGUAGGACCUAUCUGAAACCGCUCCCAACUCAUGCUUGCCACUGAACAAGCUGACUGCUGGCCCAGCCUCUGCAUCCACGGUGUCAGCAAGCAUUUGGUCCUCUUGGGGUCCAGCCAGACCACCAGGGAAGCCCAUGGUGAAGCCACAGAGGACCUUGGCCUGAAAGCAACCUGACAUUGUUCACUUGUUAAUAGGAAAAAAUUCACUUGAAAUAACAGAGCCACUCAUUGCCACUCAGAAUAUCUGGGGUCACACAAUCAGAGAUUUCUCUGAGCACUGAUAGUCAAAUUAUGGAUGAAUUAUUCACCAGUUUAGUAUAUGGUAGUGUUUCAAACAGGAGCUAUCGAAGGAGCAUGCUUCUUGCUUGUGAGGUUUUAGCAGACAUCAGCAUAAGGUCCAGUGGAAGCGGGUUCCAGAAACUUCAGAUGACCAGUGUAGAGCCAGCCGCCCACGGUGCUGGCUGCAGGUCAUGGUGGGACCCCCCCUUUCACCACCUUGAUCUGUCUUAAGCCACUGUUUAAACCUGGUUCUUCGUUCUCUCACUUAACACCAAGUGCCAAACUCCCCAGAGGCCACAGACUACCGGCGGCCUUUGUCUGGACAGGUGGACCAUGGGGCCUCUGGGCCGCCCUGCUGCCCCCAGUGGCCCUCCUCUCUGCCUCCUGGGCACUUCCGGUGGGGGUCCCACGGGCUCACUUCUGCCCCCGCCACACUGCGAGAAGCCCGAGGGCUGCACACGCAGGACACCGCCUCCCUGACGUCCAGUGUCAGAGGAGCAGUUUGACGGCAGCCCUGCCCGCUGCCCGCCUGGCCUCCGGGAGCCCUGUGACCUCUACACAGCUUUCUGGGGAGAGGGGUUCAAAGCAUCUUCCCAAAGAGUGUUCACGCAUAGGUGUCAACGGUGACUGUGAACCGAAGGGAAAGAAUUCCAGAAUGCCUGAGAGCCGGCCCUGUUAAAGUGAGCCCUCCUUCCGAUUUAAGAGCACAGAACGCGGCAGCCUACGAUCUGAUCAGAAGCUCCAGGCACAGGUAGGGCCCUUGUUUGGAUGAUUGAUGAUGAGAAAGCUAUUAAUUGAGCAGCUACUAUUUCCCCAAAUCUGCAGCUGGACAGCCACGUCGAUAGGGCCGUCACGAGCCUCUGUUAAAUCUAAGGUCCAUGGAGCACUGGGGCCUUCGGUGCAUCCCUAGUCAGACCGUCUGUGAUCAGGGCUCAGAGACUGUGUGCCCACCUCUGCUGUGUGCACCCUGAGACACGGAAGCCUAUGUGGAUUUUUAAAGGAAAUUUUAUCAUUUAAAGGGAGCCUUGGAAAUUCCCCACUGGUCCAGGGGUUAGGACUCCGCGCCUUCGCUGCUGAGGGCCCAGGUGCCUGGCCCACCCAGGGCCUGCCUCCUCCGCAGCUUCACCUGCUGGCCGAGGGGGAGCCUGCUCACAGGGAGAUGCUGGCAGGCGAGAGCAGAGAGAGAGGUCUCUGUGCAAGCCUUCGGCAGCCGCGGCUCCCUGCGCCUCCGCCCCCAAGUCACACCUGAGCCCCUCUCUGCCUGACUCCUUUUCAAGCCACUGUGACACCAGACGUUUUGACCACUCACGGCCGGAUGCAUGACAGAGAGCUUCUUUUGUCUUGACCCAAUGACCACACUCAUCUCUGGAAUGUCUUUAAAAGUCCUAUUUAAAUAUAAGUCCACUGUUUCAACCAAGGAGUCAGGUGCUUCCAGCUAAGACCAACUUGGCCACUGGCCUGGCCUUCAGUAGGGGCUUCCAGGGACCCUGGAAAACCAGUCACCUGAAAGUGCCUCUUCAACCUGCAUGGCCUUUCAAAACGUGGAUCCUGCGAGGAAGACAUGCAGGUGCUCCCGGCUCGGAAGGUCUGCCUGGUCCCCUGGGGUGACAGAUUCUCGGCAACGAAAUCUCUGCCUGGAGCGGUCAGCUAAGGGGACUCCUGCCUCGGCUCUCCAGACGGCAUGGCCCGCCUGCAGCAGGGGGGCCCCGUGGACCGCCCUGUGGGGAGGAGUGGACGGAGGGCCGUGGCGGUGAGCGCUGACCAGCGGCCUGAAUGCUGCCAAUAGUGCCCUUCUCCCUGCGCAUGCUCCCCCUUCCCAGGAAUAGGACUUUUCCGGGGGCACGCUUUCCUCCGGGGAACUUCUCUCCAAGAAGACCCAAGAUUAGGCUCCAAAGGUUGAAGUCUGAGUGUUGGCUGAGAUUUACAUCUAUUUUUAGGCACCAUUUUUUAGCACAAUUAGGAAAAUGGCUACCAACCCUCAGCAGAGACACACACCAGAGUGAAAGCAAGGGCAGCAGCUCGGUCUGACUGGGAAUAUAGGAGGCCCUCCUCCUUCUCUGGGAACUGCCGGACAAACUAAACUAAACUAAAGUGCUCUACGGGAAAAAAAGACAUGUCUUCAAAGUCACUUCAAGAGUUACAUAACGCUUUCCACGAUGCUGUUUCUGUGGGGUGCGGCAGGUUCCUACUUUAUUUCCAUAGAGUGGGCUGCUAUGGGCGUGGCCCACUUAUUAGAGCAGAGAGGCUGCUGCCUGAGGCUGACUUCCACACGUCUUUUCCUGGCUUGGGGCGCCCAGACUCCUCAGAUCUAGUCUGCUUCUCAGAAUUUCAGCUUGAGGCAGAAGUAUAACCCCCCUGAGGCAGAAGUAUAACCCCCCUGAGGAAGAGGGGGCCACGUGAUGUGGUUCAGCUGGAACCCUCUGCACAGAACAGACCACACUGCACCCACACCAAGGUCACAUCUUGAUUGAGCAACUCAUAACAUAGAGGACCUCGGGGCCCCCGUGGCUGUUAAACGCAUUAUUUGGGGGGAAAAAAAUCAAAUACCAAUUUUUUACAUCACAAAACAGCAAACUGAGACCUGGGUCCGUUUUUUUCAUUUAAAAAUGUGUUUGCUAGUUUGGGUCGAAUGUGAACAGCGUCCCCGCUUCCCCCAGAGAAGGUAACACAGCAGCCUCCUCUUCUCUUGCCUUCCCGGCCCCCCGACCCCCAGCGGCGUGGUGACCAGUACAGCAUCGUGCCCGCCGGAGCACAGACAAGACCCCACGACCAGCCCUGCCUCCUGGGACAGAAGGUGGGGGCCACGGGGUGAGAGGCCCUGAAGACGAGUAGCUGAUCUUUUCCAGGAAAAAUCAUUCGCUUUGGGGAAGUUUCUUUUUAAAGGCACAGAUGGUCUGGUCCUUUUUUCAGGCCUAAAAAACAACGUACCUCACACGAGAUGGAUACCACUCAGUGCCCUAUAGUUACAGUAUUUGUGUUCGAGUAUCACUUUUCUUUUUUCCUACACGGUAUGGUAAAAGGAACUAUGUUAAUAGCUAUAUCUUAAAUACUGUGAUUUGAGGGUUUUUUAAAAAUCCUAAUAUUUUACUAACCUACAAUCAUGCAUCUAACAACAAACAUUGGGAUUUUUCUGAAAUCAGUGUGAACUGAUGUAUACUGUUUAGUAGCCUGGCUCUUGGACCUGUUGGAAACACAGAAAAAGCUGAAACGUCACAACAGAAAUACAACUGCAUGCGCACACAGGCCCGCCCCUUCCCGGACAUCCCCGCCCCCCCGCCCCACAUGCACACACGCACACACGUCUGAGCUUUCCCUCUCUUCUGAGCCACCUGGAAUUUAUUUCCCUGUAAAUCUGUUCUCUUCGUCAUUUCGCACAGGCAAGCCUGUCUAUCAGCAAGGCAGACCCAUGGUCCCGCUGGAUGAACUUCUGUGUAGUAAGCAGCUGUCUGCUCUUCAGGUAAUUACUACCUGGGGGUUGUUACCAAAGAGCUCUGCACUCUGAGAGAUGCUAAGACAGGGACUCUCGUCAGCUGCGCUGGCAGCCUCCAGUGGAAGCCACGGACCCCGUGCAUCUCCCAGGCGACCUGUUCCAAACCUGGGCGGGCUUCUUCCUGACAUGCGUCUGUGCCUGGGGCACAUGGAGCACAGAAGCCUUUGCCAGACGGCGGCAGAGCCAUGCAGUUUCCAAAGCCAGGACUGGGCCUGAUCCCUUGGUGUGUGUUGGUCCGUUACUGUUCUUGGUGCCUUAAUGCUCUCAAAGCAUUUAGGGGCUGACAGACCCCUUGCAUUUCAUACUAAACAGGAGCAAUUCCAAAGCAGAGCUUUUCUGGGUAGGCUCCAAAUGACCUCUGAGUCUCAGCCCCCUGGGUGUGAUCGGUGGGGCACCUGGGGUCAGGGAAGCUGGGGUAUGCAGAGGACAGCGAGUGGGAUCUCCUUGGUCACUUUCCUGGUGGUCGUGCCAGGCAAUUAGAAAAUGGCUAUAAAAUAACGUUAAUUUAAAUUUUAAAAAAAUGGAUCUUAUUCAUUUUCCCUUUAGGAGAUUGAACUGAUCAUAUAUAUUAAUUUCUAUCCUAAAUUGAUGGGAACUUAUAUGUUUGGAAUGUCCUACUGUAAGACUGAUGAAUGUAAAGAGUUAAUUUCAGGGUACAGUAUUGCCUUAAUGGUUUUAAAAAAUAAACUAUUUUUAAAAAUUA